AUGCAGGAGUUGUUGACCUUGCAAGAGAAGAGUAGUGUGGCCGGGAUAUUGGAAACUAGUGGCAUAAUGGGGUGGACAACCAUGACAGCUAGUUAUAUGCAACUAAGGAGCAUCAAACUUUUAAGUUUUAACUUUGAGAAAUGCAUGGAUGAAGAGGUACGGGGUAUGGAAUGCAGAAGUUGCAGACCUUGGAAUAGAAGAGUAGUGCGGAUGGGGAUAUUAGCAACUAGUGGCAUAAAGGGGUGGACAACUAUUGCAGCUAGCUAG